ACCCACUAAGAUCCUACCCGCCUAGACUCUCCCGGUUUCCGGACUCUGCACAGCUGCCUACCGCGCAGCAGCAGCCACCCGCCAAGACUUGGGACGCUGAACUGCCGGGAAAAACUAUACCAACAGGCGGGUCGCUGAAAACAUCGACUUCAACAGAGUUAAAGGACUUAAAUCUUUUCCUCCCUUGAAUGGAAGCGGACGGCUUGUCCCGGCGGGCGUCCAUGGAAACACCGGGCGUCGACAGCCGGGUCACAGGCGCUCCAGGCGGUGCAGGCUUCCGAUGGCUGGAUGGCAGAGUCCUGGAUGUCACGGGGGGAUUUGUCGGGUCUCUUUCACCAAGAAUGACAGGGGGACAUGACUUUGCACCGGUGUUGCAUCGAGCAACUCCGGAGCCCUCGACCUCUGUGGAGCCAGAAAUAGACUAUGAAGGACUGCCCCAAGGAGCAGCCACCAGCACACACAUGCUGGCAGGAUCCGUGGCUGGAAUCAUGGAGCACUGCCUUAUGUAUCCCAUCGACUGUGUCAAGACUCGCAUGCAGAGCCUGCACCCCGAGCCAGGAGCGCGUUACAGGAACGUGAUGGACGCCCUGCAGCAGAUUGUGCGGACUGAGGGCGUGUGGCGGCCAAUCAGAGGUGUGAAUGUGCUGGCGGUGGGAGCGGGGCCUGCCCACGCUCUCUACUUCGCCUGCUACGAGAAGAUCAAGUUCUCGCUCAGUGACGCCAUUCAUCCUGGUGCCAACAGUCAUUUUGCUAAUGGAGUGGCGGGCUGCAUGGCCACAGUGCUGCACGAUGCCAUCAUGAACCCAGCCGAAGUUGUGAAACAGCGAAUGCAGAUGUUCAACUCCCCUUACCGCGGCGUGCUUGACUGUAUGGCGUCUAUGUUGAGGCACGAGGGCCCAGCCGCUUUCUACCGCAGCUACACCACCCAGCUGACCAUGAACGUGCCCUUCCAGGCGCUCCACUUCAUGACCUACGAGUACCUGCAGGAGCUCCUCAACCCCCACAGACAGUACAACCCUUCCUCCCACGUUGUGUCCGGCGCGCUGGCUGGAGCCCUGGCAGCAGCUGCCACUACUCCCCUCGACGUCUGCAAGACCCUCCUCAACACACAGGAGGCUCAGGCCAUACAUGUGAUCCAAGCCAACGCUGCGACAGCAGCUGGAGCGGUUGGAGCUGCCACUGCCUCAGCCCCCGGCAGCCGCCACAUCUCCGGCCUGGGCAAUGCUUUUCGGACGGUAUACAGAAUGGGAGGCAUGCCAGCCUUCUUUAAAGGUGUCCAAGCCCGGGUCAUCUACCAGAUGCCCUCCACAGCCAUCAGCUGGUCCGUCUACGAGUUCUUCAAAUACAUCAUCACCAAGCGGCAGCACGAGAAACGGCUGCGAGAUCGUGACGGAGACAAAUAAACACCAGGCAUUAGGAAUGGGUAUCAGCAACACAAAGGUUUAUUGCACCGUACCGAUCACUGAUAUCGGUAUUGAUUUCUAAACAUCUGAAAGUUUGAAAGGCCCCAGAAUUUUUUGGGGAUCCUUUGAGAGAAAAUAAGUCAACCUCUGUUUUGUUUACUGAGAUCAAUCAAGCGCGUAGAGUUUGACAUAGUUCACAGCAGGUGAGAAAACAUCCAAUUGUUAGUGGACUGCUUGUCUCGAAUACUUAUUUAUUACACGUGGGGGUGACAAAAUGUCCAGCAUUACCCAUCAGUAAGAAAAGGGCCUUGAAGUUGCAGACAGGUCAGUCACGCUUUCCUAAACUCGCCUAAAAGUUUCAUGUUUGUGUUCGACUUGACAAACUCCCCACAUUGGCUUUCAAAAAGCUAAUUAUUUAUAGAAGCUAACGCACAGUAAAAGUAAAGCAAGUCAGUUUCCCCUCAACCACCUACAGUGCAGUUGUGUUGGUGUUCAGACACUUUUGUUUUGGCCCAGAACUCAAGUGCAUUGUGUUAAAAAGAACGACUGAGGUUAAAAUGCUGACUUUUAGGUUUAAUUUGAGGGUGUUCACAUUCACCUCCAAUGAACUGUGUAGAAAUUGUAGCAUUUUUUUUAUAUAUACAUAACCCCCAAAAGGAUAAAAGGGCUACACCGAUGAGACGGUUAACGCCAAACGUCAGCACUUUGACCUCAGUUGCAAUCCAGUGCGCCUGAGUUCAGAGACAAAACAAAAAUGGAUCCCAAUCCAAGUACUUACAGUGAGAACUGCUCUGUAAACCGGGUCAACAGCCCCUCUCUUAACUGCACAUGUUGCACUUCUUGACAGUAUUGCUACCAUAUUAGCAUUUACCACAAGGGAGCACCCAGCUCAACCACUACACGUAAUACAAACAACUGGAGGUUACAGAAUCAGCAGAUUAGUUUGAAUACUUGAGCUGUUGUACAGUAACUCUCAAUAGGAAGAAAGACCGCAACAGUUACUUCAGAUUACUAAAAUUUCCGUCUCAUGUGGGCGACAGCCUGUAAUUUAUUCAACUUUUUUUUUUCUUUAGAAGUCAGAACUGGUUUCGGAUUGAAAAUACUACUCAAAGUAUUCAGAACUCAAAUGAAGCAGGUGUGUGUGUGAUAAAAUUAAUGAAUGAAUGAAUGUGAGAAAAUUAAAUUUCAUGGAGCUCAUUGUCUGACCAGAUUUGCUGUCAACACAGCCGAACUGAACUGUCCACUUUGUGCUGUCCUUCAAAGGAAAAAUGCAGUAACAUAAAGUAAAUACAGCUUCUUUUUCAUUAGCAGACCACAAUUUGAUUCCUUUUAAAGGACAGUAUAAAAUCAGUUCAAUUCAGUGUCUUUGCACGUCUGAAGGCUGCGGAUCGUCUCUGGACAGAGUCAUUAACAUGUAGACUGAUGCUGGGCAAUGAAAACUUUGUUGAACAUAUCCAUAACGUAGAAGAUGCCACAUUCUGCAUCUGGAACAGCAGCAAGAAAACCGUUUAUGAACUGAGGAUUUUUGGUUUUCUCCAUAGUGCAUAUGUAGAGUUUUGGAACAAGAAUAUUUUAUUACAGACAGAACAAAAUCAGCAUUCAGCUGUAUUCAUCUUAGACAAUCACAGGUUUAUUUUAUGACUUUGAAACCGCACAGCGUCCUAGCACUUAAUAGCAACCUCUUUAUCACUGUUAGGACAAACAUAGUAACUUUAAGUCAAGAGAAUAAAGGAAAUUUACUUCAACACAAGCCUUCAGUUAGCCGCCGUAUAUCCAACGCACAACUACUACAAAGAGAUUUUCAAAUAGAGAUGUAAUAUUGUGUUUUAAAGCCAUAAAACAGGAUGAAAUUGUACAUAAUACACGUAUAUAUAAAUAUGGGCGAUUAUAGAUGAACCCAGACUCUCUAACCAGCUAAGUUUUAAAGCUAACCUGUAUGCUGAAUUAUAUAAAAUGAAACCAUACAAGUUUUAUUAAGGCUGCACUGGGAAAAAAAUGAGGUUUUUUGUAGAAAGUGCACAAAAUAUUCAAAAUCCGGAAGGUAACAACAGUACAGGAAAACCUGGAUUAUUUUAAAUUCAGACUGAAAAAUUCAAUGGGUUAAGAGUAUUUAAAAAGGAUUGUAAGAGUUUUCCUCACGUGAAGCCAAGUUUCAAGAUCAGGAAACCAAAGACAGAGCAAUAGAGAGAGAAACAGGAGAUAAACUGGUGGCUUGUCAGAUGACGACACUAAAUGUGAAAUGCUUGAACACUGUUUGAGAGCAACACCUGUAUUUUGUGAAUUGUAAAUAAACUCGCUAAGGCAGCUCCUCGCAGAAGCAGGGUCUUCUCUUGGUGCUGGCUCUCCAAGCGCUGAGAGAACUUCAA